AUGGAGCAGCACCCCAUACCUACCUUGCUGGAACAUGGCAAUUUCUCUCGGGUCCUGUUUAACAAUGUGGAGAAGUUCUAUGUGCCUGGAGGAGAUGUCAUGUGCUGUUACACCCUCACUGAAAACUUCAUCCCUCGUCGCAAGGACUGGAUCGGCAUCUUUAAAGUAGGGUGGAAGACGACCCAGGAGUAUUACACCUUCAUGUGGGCUCCCUUGCCCAAAGACCUGAACAAAGGAUCAGCCACACAGCAGGAAAUCCAAUUCAAAGCUUAUUAUCUGCCCAAGGACAUGGAGCAUUACCAGUUCUGCUAUGUGGAUGAAGAUGGUUUGGUCCAGGGAGCAAGCAUCCCUUUCCAGUUCCAUCCAGACCCUGACGAGGACAUAAUGAUUGUUAUCAAUAAGGAAAAGAUGGAAGAGAUGGAACAGCUCAGUGAGGAGCUUUACCAAGAAAACCAGGAGCUGAAAGACAAGUAUGCUGACCUCCAUGAGCAGCUCCAGAGGAAGCAGGUGGCACUGGAGGCAACACAGAAGAUAAAUAAGAACUUAGAACAGGAAGUGGAAGAGAAGGCCUCUUGGGAGGAGGAGAAGGCCUCUUGGGAGGAAGAGAAGGCCUCUUGGGAAGAAGAGAAGGCCUCUUGGGAGGAAGAGAAGGCCUCUUGGGAGGAGGAGAAGGCCUCUUGGGAGGAGGAGAAGACAUCUUGGGAGGAGAAAAAGGCCUCCUGGGAGGAAGAGAAGACAUCUUGGGAAGAGAAGGCCUCUUGGGAGGAGGAGAAGGCCUCCUGGGAGGAAGAGAAGGCCUCCUGGGAGGAAGAGAAGGCCUCCUGGGAGGAAGAGAAGGCCUCCUGGGAGGAAUUGAAGGCCUCCAGGGAGGAAGAGAAGACAUCCUGGGAAGAGGAGAAGGCCUCUUGGGAGGAAGAGAAGGCCUCUUGGGAGGAAGAGAAGGCUUCCUGGGAGGAAUUGAAGGCCUCCUGGGAGGAAGAGAAGGACUCUCGAGAGAGUGAGCUGCUCCACCUGAAAGAAUACAACCAGAAGAUAACCUCAGAAAAGGAGGACUUGGGGAUUCAACUAAAAGAGCUUCAGACCCACCUGGCAACUAAAGAAAAAGACAUGGAGGAGCUGAUGGUGAGAGAUCAAGAAAAGACAGAGCAGCUGGAAAAGCUCAAGAGAGAAAACAGCCUGCUCUCCACCAGCUUAACUGAACAGGAGCCUAAGAACAAGUCAACAGCAACGGAGGAGGAGUUAGCAAGAGAGGUGGAUCGCCUCAAGGCGAAGGUAGAGGCUGGGAGAGCCUGUUACAUAGAGAAGUACAAAGAGUGUCAGCGACUGCACAAACAGAUCAGGCAACUCAGGGCCUCUACAAUGGACAAGAAUGCUACCCUAUUAGGACAGCUCAGCACCUUCAAGACCGAUAACAAUGUGUUGAACAAAGAAAACGAGAGACUAAACUCCAAAAUUGCUCUUCUGAUGAAGGAGAAUGAAGCACUGCAGAGGUCCCUGGACAACAAAGAUGUCUCUUCACCUCAAGGAGCUGCUAAGCCAGAGGUCCCUUCACCUCCAGAACCUGGUAAGCCUGAGGUCCCCUCACCUCCAGAAGCUGGUCUCGAAGGAAGUUGUUUUUCUCCUUACAAGGACUCGUCACCAGACCGGGAGCAGAAGGAGCCCCAAGAUUUCAUCUGUUCACUUUGUACGAAGGUCUGCCCUGCAACAGAGAGAUGGGACCCUGCCCUGCCUGAGGACCCCAACCUGUGA